GUUUAAUCUACGCACUACGCACGUGUCUGCGUCGUCCUUUGUGUCAUGCGUAUUUAGCGGUACAUGUGCUGAUAGUUUAUCAUAAUUUUUUAAAACUGUUUGAAAUAACAAAUACAUAUUCGCUCCUAAGUAAAUUUCUUUCGAAGAAAAAUAUUUUCCGCAAUUUUGUACAUUAUACUUUUCGUUUAAAUGUUUAUUCGCAAGGAUGUGAUUAGCAGAGCUAUCAUCUUCGUGUUCUGGAGACUCUUGGAUAUAUCAUAAAUCUUUCACUUUCCUUCACCACGAUAACAAUAAAUAGGUGGAGAAAAGGAUAAAACAGAAAUGACUUCGCAAGAAGCGAACAUUCCUCUUAGUUUACCCGAUACUCAAAAUGCAGAUGUUAUAAUACCAUCGCAAGAUGGGUUGAGCCAGAAGCCAACAUUAGUCGUCUGGGGAAGACUUUGUCCUAUAAGAACACCUUUGAUGAGUCUAGAAAUGAUAAAAGAAUCCUAUACUGUAGGACGUGCCACAACCUGCGAUGUUGUUUUCACCAUAAAUGAAAUGCAACAGAAGUAUCUAAACAUAAUCAGCAAAGUGCACUUUCGCAUAGUCAGAGAAUACAUUAAUAACAGCAACGAAUUUAUAGUAUAUCUUGAAGAUAUGAGCCACAAUGGAACAUUUGUCGACAAGGUCAAAGUUGGCUAUGGAAAUCGUGUUAUUAUUGAAAAUAAUUCUGAAAUAGCUAUAGCUGCAAAACACUUGACAAUUUAUGUAUUCAUGAAUAUCAUGUCAGACAAUAGCUGUGAAUUACCAUUGGAAUUAAAACAGAUGUAUGCACUUGGACGUAAAUUAGGAACUGGUGCCUGUGGUGAAGUAAGAUUGUUAUUUACAAAGGAUGGUUCUAAACGAUUUGCUAUCAAAAUUAUACAGAUGAGUAGUAUAAAUCAAAAUAGAUUUAAUAAUCCUAUGAAUAUCAAGAAUGAAGUUGAAAUAUUAAAGAGGUUGAGGCAUCCUUGUAUAAUCCAAAUGGAAAAUAUUUAUGAUACACCAACAACAAUGUAUAUUAUUCUCGAAUUGAUGGAAGGUGGAGAGCUAUUUGAUAAGAUAAGAAGUAAAAAUAAAUUGUCUGAAUCAUGUGCAAAAUUGAUAUUCUAUCAAGUUAUACUUGCUGUUCAUUAUCUUCACAAGCAGGGCAUCACACACAGAGACUUGAAGCCAGAGAAUAUACUACUGAAGGAUAACUCUGACACUCCUUUAGUCAAAGUAUCAGAUUUUGGUUUGUCAAAGUUAGUAGAUGCGCAGACUAUGAUGAAAACAUUUUGUGGGACUCCUAUGUACGUUGCUCCUGAAAUUCUGGCGAAUCUGGGACGUGGCUCUUAUACCAGCCAAGUUGAUGUUUGGAGCUUAGGAGUAAUACUAUAUGCCUGUUUAAGUGGCAUAGUUCCCUUUAACAUUCAUAACACAAAUAUUACUUUAGAGUAUCAGAUUAAACGUGGAAAGUACCAAUUUCCAUCAUCACGUUUUGGGAAUGUAUCUCAUGAUGCUAUAGAGCUGAUUAAACGUAUGAUGACAGUGAAUCCGACUGAACGUAUAACGGUGCCAGAAAUCUUGUUACAUCCCUGGCUAAGGGAUCAGCGUAUGCGAGAAGAAGUAAACAUGCUGAUAUCACAUGUGGAGACUGACGAAAAUGUGCCACCUUCGAACGUUUUGAUAAAUGAGGCUGAUCCAGAAAUAAUUCCAGAAAUCAGGAUAAAACGUACACGGCUUAUGGUGUGAGAAAAUAUAUUUCAAAAUUUACUACGAGAAUAUUUAAAACUUUGGUUUUUCGCGAGUAAAGAAACGCAGAGUACAAGAAGCAAUAUUUCAUAUCCUCUCAAUGGGAUCUGGCGUCUCGUUGAUUGUGAUUGUGUGAUAGGCAUUGAUGUUACCUACUUAUUAAAUAAGGGAACUUUUGUGUUCAAAUUGAUUAGAUUACCGUAAUGAUCUUAGAAUAUAAUUUUGAUUUACCGUAAUAAACUCGAAAUAUAAAUAAUCUCAAAAUACAAAGUAGAUAUUUAAGGCUGUUCAGUUAUGUUUGAUCUAUCUAUUGACUUCCGACUGACAGUAUUAACUAUUGUUAAAUAUAACUGUGAUUAACUUUGAUAUUAAAAUAAUAGAAGAUUAUAAGAUAAAUAUAUAGCAUAAUGAAAGCUAAAUUGAAUAAGAUACAUAUUUUUACAAUAUAUUUAUAUUUUUUUACUUUUUGACGUAUCUCAAAUUGACGAAUACAAUCACAUUUGUAAUUUAACUUAUAAACACAGAGUAUCUUGUGUAUAAAAUAGAUAUAACACAAAUUGUAAAGAUUGUUUUGAUCAGUAUUAAAUACUAAUUUGCCUAUUAAAAUUUUCUAAGUGAAAAUUUAAAAAUUUAUUUAGAAUAAUAAAAAGAAAAUAAAAGAUUUCACAUACACAUUUACUGUUCACGAAAAAUAUAGACUUAAUUCUCAAAUAUAAUCACUAUGGAUUUAGAUAUUAUUUUUCAUAUAGUAACAAAACACUUAAUUGUCGCAUUAUAAAAAUGUGUGACUCUUUAUUCAAAACAAUGGACAGCACUAUACAAUAAAAAGGAAGUGAACAACCGUCUAGAA